CGGGAAAGCCCAUGCCCCUUUAGUCAAACCCCAGGCCGUCUUCUUAUUCUCGUCAUCACUUUCUGAGCUCUGUUUUCCCCUGCCGGCCAAACUCAUUACUGGCUCCGGGGAGCUGAGAAUGGCGGCCACAUUGAGAUCCGCGAGGACGGCGGAGCUUUACCCGACGGCGAAGAAAUGGGCGCACGCAGACACCACCAGCCCUGAGCGGACCAGAGUUUGGGCCCAACCUGCCAGUUCGAGGCCCAAAUUGGAACAGAGAGUCCCCGUCGUUUACUAUCUCUCCCGGAAUGGCCAGCUCGAGCACCCGCAUUUCAUGGAGGUCCCUCUCUCUGCUCCUGAAGGUCUCUAUCUCAGAGAUGUAAUCAAUCGUUUGAAUUUGCUUCGCGGAAAAGGCAUGGCUCUGCUCUAUUCCUGGUCUGCCAAACGGAGCUAUAAGAAUGGAUUUGUGUGGCAGGACUUGUCGGAGAACGAUUUCAUCUACCCGGCGCACGGCCACGAGUAUGUACUCAAGGGCUCGGAGCUCAUGGACGGGGAAUCCGAAGAAUUAGGGUUUUCCGGCAGGCCGCAACUGCUACCGGAAUUCCGUAAAUCAAGCGUAGAUCGGGAAAUUACCAUAACUGAAACGAGGCGUAACCAAUCAUGGAGCUCCUCUGACUUCACCGAGUACAAAGUGUACAAGACAGAGUCCGGAGGAGAGUCUACCGGCAGAGCCGCGGAUGCCUGGACUCAGACCGAGGACAAACACCGCCGUAGAAGACCGGUCCGAGUUGUUGCACAGGAAGACGGAGACGUGAAGGACAAAGAGCCGGAGAAGAAGAAUAAUCCAGUGGAGAGCCAGAGCACGGAACUGAGCAGGGGGGAGAUAUCGCCGCCGCCGUCGGAUUCAAGUCCGGAAACGUUAGAGACGUUGAUGAAGGCGGACGGUCGGCUCAAUCUACGACCGGAAACCGUCACUGAAGAUCCGAUCCCCGGGAAAGGAAAGCACAAAUCGUCUUCAGUGUUGCUCCAGCUUCUAUCAUGCGGAUCGUUCAGAGACUGCGGCGGGAGGGACCAUGGAUUUUCAUUGAUUUCUCAUUACAAGGCGAGGCUGCCAAGCGGCAAUCAGGUGGAGAAAGAUGCACAGAGUUCUACUGUGGAGUUUCCGUCUGUGAAAUUAAACUUGGAAGAUAAGGAGUACUUUAGUGGGAGCUUAUUAAUUGAGAAGAAGGACGUGUUUCCAGGUCUGAAGAGAUCUUCUUCCUACAAUGCUGAUCGGAGCACAAAGAUGGAACUUGACCAGACAGAAGAUGAUGGAAAAUGUGAGGGCAAAAAGCAUUCCAGGAAAGCCAAAGAUCCAAGUGGCCUCCGCAGAAGAAUGCAAGAAAAGUGAUGUUCCUUUAUUGACCUCUGAAGGUUUCAUGGUUUAGUUACCAAGCUAUGUUAUCUCAAAAAUACCGUGUCUAAUUAUCCGUGUAAUGUGUAAUUGAUAGUUUUGUAUGAAGAGGUGAGAGUUUUGUUUGAUGGAAUUAAGUUUAAGUUCUGUGGAAAAGUAACUGAGAAAUGAUUAAGCAGGGAUUACAAUUGAUAUGUUUCAGUACAGGAACAAAAACAAUCGAGCUAACACAACUUCUCAUCUUUUGCC